UUUGAAAACUAAAUUUUAUCCUUAUUUGUGUACUAACUACACUCAGAAUAAGUGUCCGCUACUGUUGUUAUCAAGACUGCAAAAUGUAUAAAUUUAUAUUUUUUACCACAAUAUUAUUUUAUAUGGUAUCUUGUAAGCAGGCAUUAGGAAAAUUAUCUCCUUCGUAUAUUCAUCCAUGCCCUGUAUUAACAAGCGAAUGUCUCAAAAAGAGGAUAGUAGAAAUUCUUCCAGAGUUUUCAAAGGGUAUUCCAGAAUUAGGGGUACUUCCAAUAGAUCCUAUAACUAGUGAUAGUGCAGAGUUUUCGCUAGCCGGUGGUUUAAAAUUACAUCUGUACAAUGCAACUUUAACUGGAAUGAAAAACUGUAUCGUGGAUUUGCUAAAUUUAUCAGAAGAAAACUUAACAACACAAAUAAAAAUGCAUUGUAACCUGUUGAGUAAAGGACAUUAUAAAGCUAAUGGAAGAAUAUUAACAUUUCCAGUAAAUGGUGAUGGAGAUAUUAAAGUGAAGAUCAAUAAUAUUACAUCGACAAUUAAAAUAAAAUUUGAAGAUAUUGUUCGUGAUGGAGUUGCAUAUCGUAUAAUAAAAGACAUGAGCUUUAAACACAAGUUUGAUGGAAGGGUAGUAUAUAAUAUAUCAAAUAUAGUCAAAGGAAAUGAAGAACUAAGUAAAACUAUUCUCACUUUUAUAAAUGAGAAUUGGAAAACAAUUAGUGAGGAAUUUGGUAAUCCAAUUGUACAAAGGGUCUCCGAACGAAUUGUGGAAAGUGUGAAGAAAUUCUUUGCUGAAGUGCCUAGAGAUGAACUGUUCAUUGCUUGAUUUGUAUAAAUAAUAUAUAAGUAUAGUAGUAUAUAAGUAUAGUAGUAUAUUUAAAUGAGUAAAAACAUUGGUAUCUUAUACUUAUUAUAAUUUCGUAAAUAGAUUUACAAAUAUAUUUAUUUAUUAUAAUAAUCAUUA